AUGUUUGCUAAACUUGCUCUCCCUUUCAUCGUUGCCUCUUCCUUCGCCAGUGGCGUCUUCUCUGUGGCGAUCCCAGCUGCCCGAUCUAGUAAUUCAAUCGAUCGCCGGACCUUCGGUCACAUCAGUUUCAACAACUACCAGAACAUCGGCUUUACCUCCAACUUCGACAACUUCUAUGGCAUCGACAACUUCAAUGGUCGCAGUCGCCACCAAACUAUCAUUGAACAAAGUCCAGAGCUUGUUUGCCAUUCCCAGCAGGUCGAGAUCAUUCAACAGAGGCUCGCUGUCCUGACCGAGAUGGCCCGCCGUGUUGUCACCGAAUUGUCCUGCGAAGUCGAAACACAAGUCGUUGUGUUCGAGCAAUAUUAUCAGUCUCUCGGUCACUUCCACGACGACCUCCGCCGCCACUCAGGCUUCCAAGUCGGCUAUGACCAGGGGAUCACCUCUCAUUUCGAGCACUUCUUCAACAACGAUGGAUCCUUGUCCACCGACGACUGGGGCUUCAGUGGGAGCGAUAUUGGCUCCCACACAGUCAUCGUUUCCCACAACAACUGGGUUGAGCCUGACUCGCGUCACUCGGUUGAGAAAGCUUACUUCGCCUCCAAGAACGCCUACUUCAUCAACCAGUUCAGCUAA